AUAACAUCUCUAUGCGAAAUUUCCACCUUCUACUCGAACCAAAUCAUUCGACUGUUAUUUCGGCAAUAAUAGCAGCAGCAGACGUGUGUCGCCGGGCUUACUGCUUGACGUAGCCGGAGGAAGCAGAGUUCACGCCGAAAAUAAAAGACGAUCGACAGCCUUACGCGUAGUCCGUUAGCGCGAUAAAAUUGCUGGGCAACGCUGGGAGACCCCGAAACUCUAGUUCCUGUUGAAUCGAACCAUUCUAGACAUUUGUAAAGAUGUCCGGUCAAAGCCAGCGCUUGAAUGUAGUUCCCACUGUAACAAUGCUGGGAGCCAUGAAAGCACGUCUUGUUGGUGCUACUAGAGGUCAUGCCCUUCUCAAGAAGAAGAGUGAUGCUUUAACUGUGCAGUUCCGUCAGAUUCUCAAAAAGAUUGUUUCCACAAAAGAGUCAAUGGGAGAGAUCAUGAAGACCUCGUCAUUUGCCCUAACCGAAGUCAAGUACGUUGCUGGAGAUAGUAUCAAGCACAGUGUCCUUGAGAAUGUAAAAAAUGCAUCUCUUAAAGUUCGAUCGAAGCAAGAAAAUAUUGCUGGCGUGAAGCUCCCCAAGUUCGAAUAUUUUACUGAAGGUGAGACCAAGAAUGACCUAACUGGAUUGGCUAGAGGUGGACAACAAGUUCAGCAGUGUCGUGCAGCUUAUGUGAAAGCAAUUGAGGUUCUUGUUGAGCUUGCUUCACUUCAGACAUCAUUCUUAACACUUGAUGAAGCAAUCAAGACCACUAAUCGUAGGGUUAAUGCACUAGAGAAUGUUGUGAAGCCAAGGUUGGAGAACACCAUAAUUUACAUUAAGGCGGAGUUGGAUGAACUGGAAAGGGAGGACUUCUUUAGGUUAAAGAAGAUACAAGGUUAUAAGAAGAGGGCAAUUGAGAAGCAGGUCGCAUCUGCCAAGCAGUUUGCUGAGGAGCAGUCUGCAGAGAAGGUAUCUUUGCAGCAAGGGAUUUCAAUAAGUUCAGCUCACAACUUAUUGUCUGCAGCUGCGCACAAGGAUGAGGAUAUCAUUUUCUGAUUUGGGGGUUGCUUUAUAUGUUCUUCAGGAUGUGUUGCUUUGUCUGUGCUUCUUGUUUUGCCGUUGAAUAAAAUCUUGACGGGUUUUACUUUUUCUUGUGUAUUAUUUAUGAAUGAAUAGGCUUUUAUCACUUCCAAGUUCUGUUAGUAUUUGUUUCCUGGAGUUGAUUUCUUGAAAAUGAGAGCAAUGCAGAAAGACGGUAGAUUUGCUGGUUUA